GCGGUAACCUGCCUGAAGCGGUAACCAAGCUACCAAGUUACCAUGGUUAUAAGUUUGUUAUCUUAAAAUUACAAGAUCGCUCUCCUGCUAGUGUUUCUAGGUAGAAAUUGGAAAGAAAUAGUUAUAAAGUGAUAUAUUUUUAGGCUUGGUGUGAUUUAUAAUCACGAUACAUUGUAACAAUUAUAAUCAAUCUAUUCUUGUAGAUGAAAUAUUAUAAAAGAAUUUAUAAAAAUGGAUGAGGAGCCGGCGAGCUUGGACAGCCAGUUUGUUGAGUUCACGAAGCUCAUGGACACGAAGCGGGACGGCAGCACCAUCACCCUGUACCGGUCGGACUACUGGAUGCGCCAAAGCAAGAUUCUCGACGACAGAAGAGUCACCAUGACCGACACUGGGAUCUUGUGGUGGAAGUUCUGCAAAACUGAGCUGAACUACGACGAAUGGUACGAGUUUCUCACCGACCUUUGCGAUGCCAAAAACCUAGACCAGGAGUACGUGGAAACGGCAAUGACCAACUGUGGAAUACCAGGCUCCGCACCCGUCAUCAUCCCACAGUACAAAGACUUCUUUGACACCUACAAGCCUAAGGAUAAAAUGGUAGCUUUAUAAACCACCUUAAUAAGGGACUAGAGAACCCUAGCUAGAGAACAAUUAUUAUUUAGGAAAAAAGUCCAGAUCAUGCAAAAAAUUUGGACUUUUAAUUUAACUGACUUCAAAGGGUUGUGUAGCUUACUGUGUAAGUGUAGGAACUUAUUUAUAAGUAUUUUAUUUUUUAUCAAUCUUUUGAAUAUGAGACAUGUAAGAGUUGCAAUUUUGUUUUUAAUUUAGUUUAGCUCGUUCUUGUUGUGUUUUUUCAACUCUGGUUGAAAUGAUUUAUUAUAGUAAAAUUCUAUCAUUAUAUGCUGGUAAUUUUAUUCUUGCG